AUGCAGAAAUUAAAGGAACAACUUAAGAAGAAGGACACAGAGCUGUGUAAUAUAUUAGUUACCCUACAAGAAAGAGAGGAGAGUCUUCAAACUGUGAAGAAAUCAAAAGAGGAAUUGCAAAUAAAAGUCUCAAGUUUGCUUGAUGAGAUAGUCAACAAAGAAGAACAACUCAAAGAAUCGUCUCUUAGAAUAUCAGCUGUUCAGGAUGACAAACACAGAUUAGAAAAAUUAUUGAAAGGGCUGGAGCAUGAAUUCAAUUCCCUUCAGAUUGCCAAAGAUAGCAUUACUUUGGAUAUGACAGAGGCUGCUAAACGACUAGAAGCUCAGCUUCAAAAAGAGAAACAGGAGACAGAAUCUACACAAAUCCUGCUAGAGGAAGAACGAAACAAAUUGAAAACAUGCAAGGAUAAGCUUGCAGAAACAUCUGCAUUAGUGGAAAAUCUUAGAAACAGCAAAGAUUCACUUAUGAUGGAGAAAACUGACAUUGAAAUGCAGCUUGAUUUGGAAAAGUUACAAAUAAACAACCUAUUGACAGAGAAGACUGAAGACAAAGAAGAAAUCAACAAGUUGACUGCGGAGAUUUCUUCGCUGAAGAAGAAACUAGAAAAAGAAAGCCAUUGCAGAGUACAGGCACAGGAUGAAGCAGAAACAUUACGCUUACAAAUGAAAACUUGUCUACUGGAACGUGAUGAUCAUUUUGAAGAAAUCAGAUACAUGAAGGAUGAGAUCUUCAGCAAACAG